AUGUCUGAUAAGGAUCGGAUUGCGGAACUCGAAAGGUUGCUACACGAAGUGACACGCAAGAGCGAAAGGUUGCGCGAGGAAGAGCAACGCAAGCACGAAAGGUUGCUAGAGGAAGACAGACGCAAGGACCAAAAGUCCACGCUGUCAGAGUACUUGUAUUACUGUCACUUUCAUAUCUAUUUAAAGCUCCGUCUCCCGCCACCGGGCCAUGGCUUGCCGGUGCCCGCAACGCCUGUCGACGGUAAAUUCUACCCAAAGCGGCUUCUCCCCUGGAGAACCUUUGCCCACCAGCGGGAACUACGAUUUAACGACCUCAGGGCGGCUUGCGCCCAGGACCGGCGUUUUCUAUCAGAGCUGGAUACUAAGAUCAUUGGUAGACUGUUUGAAGGGACUAUCGCUGAGUACAUAUCAGAUCUCUGGAAUUUCGAACGGUUCGCUAUCGAGCAACCAGUCGGCAAAAUUCUCGCGCCCAUCUGGGACGACAAGGGACUACGUGGGCGGUAUCCGUUUGCGGAUAUACGUGUGAAGAGCGCAGGAGAAAUGCCCGGGUUUGGUGAACAUAUCAUAGCCAGGGAGACCAGGCCUUACGGCUUCGGUAUCCAAACGAGCCUGGACGGCAGUGAACACUACGCUUUCGUGUUUGAUUACCAGCACGAUUACGUGUUGUCCGUGGAGCAUCUCCAAGAGGCUCUUCAAAUGGAGACACUAUUCGAAGAUGUCAACGCCCGGGUUAUGAGCAAAUCAGACACGAGACAAGGCAAUGCUCAAGAGGCCUGGCAAUAA